AUGGAUGCCGAAGACUUCCCAAAAUCUCCUGCUAAGCGUCAGAGGACAGGUUCACCAGACGAAAAUAGGAGUACCCUCGACCCUCCCACGUCCACAUCCGCCGCUGAGCAGAAUGAUCCCAUUACGGAGCAGCCCCCAGUCGACCAGAGCGUUGCCACGGCAGAACCACAACCAGAACCAGAGCGAGAGCCAGAGCGAGAGCCAGAGACAUCAUUUACCUCUUUGGAGAACAGAAAAGAGCAGUCUAUCUCUGCGCAGCCGGACUCAAACUCUCUCCUAGAUGCGUUGAUGCUGCAAGUCGAGGCAGAAGCCGCCGCCACAAAACCCUCAUCUGAUCCUGCUACGAGCACUAAUGGUACCCUACCUGUGACCGAUGGAAUGCUGGUCGAUGGAGAACACAACAGCAGCAAAGACGGAGGACAUGUUGCGCAGGUACACACGACUGAACCAGUCACUACCACUCAAGAGUCUGCGCCCGAUGCUUCUGUUCCGGACGAUGUUGAGGCAAUGGACGUGACGGACACUGUUGCGCAGGCACAUCCAAUUGACCCAGCUCCUACCAUCCAAGAGCCUGCGCAGCAUGUUUUUGUUCCGCGCGACGUCGAGGCAAUGGAAGUAACAGAGACUGUCGUCAUCGACAGCAAUACCCACCAGGGCAACAUUGCGCAGGUCGCGCCUGACACCAAUGCCUCGAUACACACCGUGGGCAAUGCUGCCGAUGCCCCAGCCGUCGUCAAUCUGCACUCUACGGACGCAGUUCUCCCUAAUGACUCCGGUGCGCCUGAACCAGGUGCGGAGGGUGCUGAAUGGGAAGUCGAUUCAUCUCCAUAUGAGUCCUCUUCAGACUCCGACUCUGACACCUCCGACGAUACUUCUUCAGAAGAAGAUAGCGACGAGGAUGCAGACGGCGACUACGCCAUGCUAGAUCCCGAGGAGACGGCACGCAUCCUCAUGCAAGGAGAUGCAGGUUCGGAUGAUGAAGGGGGAGGCCCGCGAGACAGAAAAGAAGGUGGUCCACUACGCACGGCAAAUGAGCGCACCGAAGAAGUCAUACCAAAACCGGACAUCACUGUCACAGAAAAUAUGAAGAUUGAAGAAUUGGGCAACACCGAAUUCGUGGUCGAGAGUACUGUCGUCGUGAAGGCCAAGACGUCGGGAGAAUACCAGGUUUUGGAACCCGGAUCCUUGAUUUGUCGCAGAGAUCGAUCAGUGGUUGGAGUGGUUGCCGACUUGAUAGGGCGAGUCGAGGAACCCCGAUACACCAUUCGGUUCACCAACGAUGACGAUAUCAGAGCAGCCGGACUGUCGGAAACUGGCACCACAGUCUUUUACGUUCCUGAACAUUCCACAUUUGUCUUCACACAACCGUUGAAGAGUGUCAAGGGAAGUGACGCAUCGAACUUCCACGACGAAGAAGUUGGUGAGGACGAGAUGGAGUUCUCGGAUGACGAGGCUGAGGCUGAGCACAAGCGCCAGAUGAAAGCGAAGAGGCAGGGCAGGUCGCUGGACACAGGAAGAGGCCGUGGCAACUCAAAGUUUGCCAGAGGCCCCCAUCGUGGUGGAGGCCGAGGAGGAGGCCAUCAGGCUGAUCAUCGUCACCGCAAGCCCAGUGACGGCUCCGCCUACGGCAAUGGCUCCUUGGAAAUGAAUUAUGACGAUGUCUCGGUGCCAGAUACAGGCGAUGACGGCUAUACACCAUUGCAAAGACCGACUGAGCUCACAGAAAUGAUCGCCAAGGGAGAGCAGCCGCAGGAGCGCGGUAUGAUGCAUCCACUUCCACCACCGCCGCAAUCCUCGCAUUUCAGAGGAGGCGAGUCGGGCGGGCGAGGGAGAGGCUAUGGUCACGGUAGAGGAGGCAGAGGAGGAUUCCGGCCCCAGCGUGGACGGGGAGGGUUCAACCAGCCUCGUGAGCCUCCUCCUUUCGGUCAAUAUAACGCAUCCCACGGCACCCAUCAAAAUGGCUACAAUCCCUCCAGCAGCGCACCUUUGCCCAACCUCAACGUCCCCACGACGCCCUCAAUCACACCGCAGAACAUCACGUACCCACCAAUGACGCCUUCGCCCAUCACUCCUCUGCCAAAUGUCCCCUUCAACUUUGGCCAAGGCUUCCAACCGCCGACCAACUUCCCGUCCUUUGCCGCACCGCUGGGCAUGCCUCCCCCACCCCCACCGCAACUGUUUCCCGGUGCCAAUUUCUCCUACCAGCAGCAGCAGCAGCAGCAGCCGGGCCAAUACCACCUGCAGGGCGGCCAGAAUCAUUAUGGUUCGAAACCCCACACAGGCGGACAGCAAACGAAUUACCUCUCGGGUGCCUGGGCAAGUAACCCGGCUAUUGCAGCGGCGUUGCAGAGACAGGUGGAAGAACAGAGAAGGACACAGGGCCAGGGCCAGGGCCAGUAA